AUGACUGACAGAGUCUACCCAUCAGCCAAGCCUAAUGGCACAGCCACCGCUCCCAAUGCCACAGCCACCGCCGCAAAUCCAGCUGUCGCCACCGUCAAGAACCAGAUGUACAAUCCAAAUCGCAUCCCUUACCGACCGACACCAACUGCCUACCACCGACACAACCACCGCCGUUGCAACUGCCGACGUUGUUUCUGCAUGUGCUGUUUCUGGUUCAUUCUCAGCAUUCUCAUUAUCCUUCUCCUUGCCGCCAUUGCCGGUGCUAUUUUCUACGUCCUUUACCAUCCUCAACGCCCCGCAUUUUCAAUCUCCUCACUCAAAAUCUCACAGUUCAACCUUACUACUACCGCCGAUGACACCACCCACCUCACUGCAAAACUCAACCUCACACUCUCAACAAAAAACCCAAACAAGAAACUGAUAUAUAACUAUAACCCCAUCUCUAUAACUGCGCUAUCAAAUCAAGUUGUUUUAGCAAAUGGGUCGUUUCCAGGGUUCACUAGCAGUCCAAAUAAUAUCACUAUUAUACACUCUACUCUGUCAAUGGUAUCUCAAGUUCUUGAUGCUGAUUCCGUUUCGUCUUUGAGAUCAGAUCUGAAGAGAAAAGCUGGGUUACCGGUAACAUUAUUGAUAGAUACAAUGGUUGUAGUGAAAAUGGACAAAUUGAAAAGCAAAAGGGUAGGGAUCAGAGUAACGUGUGAAGGAAUUCAUGGACCAACUCCAAAGGGGAAAGCUCCAGCUGUGGCUUCAACAAGUAAUGCUAAGUGUAAGGUUGAUCUCAGAGUCAAGAUCUUGAAAUGGACCUUCUAA